UUUUUUUUUUCAUCAUUUUAGUAUGGCAGACUCACUAUCAGCGUACUCCUAUGUUACUCUGGUAAUAUUCUUGCUGGUUAUUGCACUUGUAAUCCGUCCAAUCAAGAUACGCAUUAAGCGUAUCAAAAUCCACCUGAAUAUCUCGACUGUUCCUCCUCUUGGCGUCUUGAUUCUAUUGAUUUGCCGAGCCAUUGAUUUUGAUGUAGUAAGAAGAGGGUUUCUGGGUACAGCAGGAAUACAGCCAUGGGCUAUUAUGAUCCUGUUCUAUUCCCUGGUAAAGUAAAUACAUAGAGAAUUGACUGGGUGUUGAUUUAAGUAAGGCAUACAUUUGUAUAUCUUUAGACAUGACAGGAGUGUUUCAAUUUUGUGCUUUUUGGGUCUCCAAAAAGGCUGGCAAUAGGGGAAUGCUGGCAUUUACCCUCUUUUUUAUUCUUACUAGUCUUAUGAGUGGAUUGACAAGCAAUGAUGUGGUCAUCUUGACAGGCACUGUCUUUCUUUCUUAUUUCACAAAAGUCUCGGACAUUCGCCCUACUGCUUUUCUUAUGAGCGAGUUUACUACUGCCAAUAUAGCUUCUAUGGCAUUGUACAUUGGUAACCCUACUAAUGUAGUUGUAUCUGAAGCUUACAAGAUCAGUUUUAUUACCUAUUCAGCUUGGAUGCUACUUCCCACUGUAGUAUGCAUCUUGCUGGCCUAUAUUGUUCUUCGAGUCUUAUUUCGAGGCAAUUAUUAUCUCCCUCGACACAUUCAACCACCAGACGCCGAUCCAAAAAGUGUCUUGAUUGAUCCACAAGGUGCUAUUUUUGGCUUGGUUUUAUUAGGCUGUUGUUUAGCAACUCUAGUCGGCACUUCAUUUGCUAAUGUGCCUGUCUGGAUGGUCACUUUGCCUUUUGCCUUUGUCAUGUUUCUGAGAGAUAUUCGACACGAUUUAGGCAUUUCAUUCAGUCAUAUUUUCCCUAUCAAGCGGCGAUACCUUCGUCCUGUUCUACACACGGCGAAGCAUGAUGAAGUCUUGAUCUUUGAUCAAACGCAAGAGAUUCAUUUAGACUCGAUCCAUUCGCCCUCCAGGUUACACAAAUCUACAUCAGACAGUGUGGUUCCUGAACAAACAACUGACUUGGGCUCAACGCCACUAGGACAACUGGGGAAAAGAAGGACAUCAAGUAUACAGCCAUCGUUAUCAUCAGAUCAAAUAGUGCAAGACAAUGUCACUUCUACUAAGACAACCAACAAUAACGUAAUUAAACCCUUCCAGAAGCUCUACAAAUGGUUUAGUGCCCGAUUUCCUACGCUGAAAGCAGUAUUUAUGCGUAUGCCUUGGUCUAUUCUUCCUUUUAGCCUGGGAAUGUUUAUGCUGAUUGAGGCAUUGGCUGAAAAGGGAUGGGUAAGUAUUUUUGCUACUGCCAUGGCUGUGUUUGCAAAGAAUUAUGCGACUGCUGUUUUCGGUAUGGUGUUUGUGUCCAUUUUGGCUUGUCAGCUAUUGAACAACUUGCCUAUGACAAUCUUGUUUACUCAAAUCAUUCAGCACCCCAAUUUCACACAGCACGUUCAUUCAGAGGCUACCAUGCAAGGGUUCUUAUUAGGCUUAAUCGUGGGUAGUAAUUUAGGUGCUUGCCUAACACUUGUAGGCAGCUUGGCGGGUAUUAUGUUUGACCAUAUUCUUAAAACUAAAGGUAUCUAUACAUUGGGUUACUUUCAGUUCUUGAAAUGGAAUCUUGUCAUUCUUCCGGUUAUUGCUUUAGGAGCAUGUGCAGUCCUGAUAGGCGAAAUAUGGUUUGUCUAUCUCCGUUAAUGCUUGCCAUGAUUGUACUUUUCUAUAUCAAGAUUACGUCUCGAACAUUUUGCGGAGGAGAUCCCGACAAUAGACGUAUACCCCAACUUUUUUCAAUAAACAAGGAAAAGCAGUAAUUUUUGUUGGGGCUUUUUCUUUAAUUAGACAUACUUUGGCAAUGCAGUAUGCUGGAGGCUAUUUAUUUCAUCAUGUUGAUGCAUAUCAUGUAUACAUAUAUAUAAAAACAAGUUCUAUAUCAGGC